CCUCAAAUUCACACUCUUUGGAAUUAAACUGAAUCCGCUGCUAUCGCCCGCCCCCUGGCAUUGGAGCUUGAUCGAGCCUGUCAACCUCGAUCCCUCGGAUUCCGCUGCAGGCCGACGACCACCACGACUCCAGCUCUCAGGGCCACAUUCUCUUCUGGCUUCCCCGGGUAUUCCCGUCAUGGCGCUGCCAAAGAGGAUCAUCAAGGAGACGGAGAGGCUGAUGGCCGAGCCAGUUCCUGGAAUCAGUGCCGUUCCCCAUGAAGAUAAUCUCCGGUACUUCGACGUCGAGAUUCACGGCCCCUCGUCAUCGCCGUACGAGGGCGGCAUCUUCAAACUCGAACUGUUCCUUCCCGAUGACUACCCGAUGGCCCCGCCAAAAAUCCGCUUCCUGACCAAGAUCUUCCACCCCAACGUCGACAAGUUGGGCCGCAUCUGCCUUGACGUCUUGAAAACUGACCAGAUUCUAGACAACUGGUCCCCUGCGUUACAGAUCCGAACGAUCCUCCUGUCUAUUCAAGCGCUUCUCGGCGCUCCCAAUCCGGACGAUCCGCUGGCUGCCGACGUUGCCAAGAGCUGGAAGGAGGAUGAGCAAGCCGCCAUCGCAACGGCCAGGGCUUGGACGCAGCAAUACGCCGUCCCGAAAUAG